AUGCUCGGCAGGUGGGAUUUAUCCAAUACCGGCAAAGUUCACUGCUUCCGUCUCAAAUUCACAGCCAGAGAACUGCUUGUCUGCAAUAGCGAGAUCCGCAAGCACCGGGCCGAAAGACGGAGUCUCGUAGACGCAGACGCAGACGCGAACCUCACACAUGCGAAAGCCCAAAGUGGCAAUACUACAGUCAUGGAAACGGAAAGAAAACCGACGACGACGAGCCCGGGAAUCAGCACAGACAUGCCACCACCAUCAGGACAGAUCGAAUCGGCGGCUUCUUGCUUGGACCGAGUAAACGAUCGAGAUGUCAUCAGCUCCUACAACGGCGACAUCCAAGAUGCCCUCAUCGACCUCAUCGACCUCAUACAGACCUCCGACUCAACGACAGCCGCAGAGGGCAAGCGCGGCGAGCUCGUGCAGACGGUAGUGCGCUUCGUUGAGCUCGGUGCGGCCGUCAACGACUCCGAGAACUCGAUGCGAGAGACGCUCAGAGGGAUCCGGACGACAUUUGAGGAGUACACCACUGAGCGGGUUGACGAAAGAGGCUCGCCUUAUCAGAAGCUCAUCAACCUCUACUCAGUCCGCCGCAAGCAAAAGGAGAGACGGCGGCGGCGAAAGAGCCGCACGCGCUCCUGA